AUGCGUUUCCCUGCCUUUUCCUCAAUCCUCUGCCUUGCUGGCUUGGCUGCUGCUCCAGCUGCUGCCUACGAUGGCGACGACCCCAAUAUUAAGAGCAUCCCGCUUCGAACCCACAGUCUCUCUCCGCCAUACCUAGAUUCGGAUUUCCAAAGCCGCUGGUUCGACUUCGGAGGAGACACCGUGAUUCGGGCUGACAAGUACAUUCGCCUUACGGCCGACAGACCCUCCCAGCAAGGAUGGAUCUUCUCUCGCGUGCCACUCACCGCUACCAAUUGGCAGAUUGAGCUCGAGUUCGAAAUUCAUGGCAAUGGUAACUUGCACGGCGAUGGCUUUGCCUUGUGGCUCACCAAGCAACGUGGAACUCAGGGUCCCGUCUUUGGAUCUCAAGACAAGUUCGAGGGUCUGGGUAUCUUCGUCGACACCUACAAGAACAACCGCCCCGGCGUCUCAUUCCCCUACGUCAUGGCCAUGAUGGGCGACGGCGAGACUGCCUACGACCAGGCGCACGACGGCAAGGCUAACGAGCUGGCUGGCUGCUCUGCUCGUGGUCUUCGCAAUGCCCCCGUUCCCACUAAACUUCGCCUGACAUACUUCCAGGACAAGUCUCUCAGUCUGGACCUCCAGUACAAGACCGAGGAUUCCUGGACCAACUGCUUCUACCUGACUCCCGAGCAAGCCAGCAUCGCUAUUCCCUCCGUUGCCUACCUCGGUCUGUCUGCCGAGACCGGUGAACUGAGCGACAACCACGAUAUCAUCUCUCUCAAGGCCGAGAACCUGUACUCUGUCAACCGCAACUCCGGUGGCCGUAACUCCGAUAGCGGCAAGGACCGUGGCCGUGGCCGUACUAGCAACAAGUCCUCUCAGGAGAAGAGCAGCAGCUGGUCCUGGUUCCUGUUCAAGGCGAUCCUUUUCAUUGGUGCUAUCGUUGGUGGCUACUUUGGCUGGACAAUCUACCGUACCAAGGCGCGGUCGUCGCGAUUCUAA